AUGGCUGACAAACUGCGCACCCAACAAGAACUCGAGCGCCUGCAGGCCAAGUACAUCGGAACCGGCCACCCAGACACCUCGUCGUGGGAGUGGCGGACGAACAUCGCACGCGACACGUACAGCAGCAUCGUGGGCCACCCGCCGCAGCUGGCCUACAUCAGCCUGGCGCAGGGCGAGCCAAGCGCCAAGGUGCGCGCGCAGCUCCUUCGAAAGAUGGUUCAGCCGUGCGGUCCGCCGCCGCCCAGGGAAGAGUGA